CUAACUUUAGCGAGCCCUUACCGAACCACUUCAUUUGUCCAGACAGCUGACUCUUGAACACGACGGAGUAGAAAAACAAGCAAGUUCAGCAUAUGGACGAGCAUCAUUUUAAACAGGAGACGAAACCCGUCACUCUCCACUCAAACUUCACCCCUGGCCUUACAGCCUCAGAAACAAUAGACCACGAUCGAGACAAAUUCUUCUCGCGUUUCACAACAGUUUAUAUUAUUCGUGUUUCCCCAGCCUUCAAGAGAACUCAAUAGGCGGGGUGUCAAAUGUCAGAUUUGGUCGGCAUUUGCAGGACAUAUGGAUGGAGUUGUACAUAACCAGAUGCCAAUCAUAUUCUGAACAGAAAUUGUCCCACGAGCUUUGAUAUCAGUAAUGGAACAUAUGCCUGUGUAUGAAGUUAUUGACGGAACGUCUUUCACAACUGGAGGUAAUGGAUCUUUUGGUCUUUGACACUAAAAGGAAAGGAAAGUUGAUAGGAGAACUUGAACACGUUUAGAGGGCCAGGAGAUUAUUAUUGAAAACCUAGCACUAUGGUGGCCGAGGGCUCCAAAUACAGCCACCUCAACUCCUCCUACUUCUACGACGUCGACGUCGUGCACGGCUGGGGAAACAGAAGCUUCUUCACCUUCUUCUCCGAAUUCAACCGAACAUCUCCGAGUUUGGGCCGCCUUGAAGCCACGAUUUUCUUCCUACUCACAGUUAUCUCCCUUGUCGGAAACAUCGUUGUGUUCGUGCAGCUCGUGCUACACAGACGAAACCGAGGCACCACCACAUGCUUCAUUUGCAACCUGACAAUUGCUGAUUUGUGUUUCACUGGAGUCGCACCCUUCAUUGCGGUGACACGGAUAACGGAGAAAUGGGUGUUCGGGUCGGAAAUGUGCAGUCUUUUAGUGUACAUGGGAUCGGUGUGCGCCUUCGUGGACAUCUGGACGAUGACUCUGAUUGGUAUUGACCGAUACAUGUGCAUUGUCCGGCGGUCAAGAACAAGACUGACCCCAAGGUUGUCUAUACUCAUCCUCGGUGUUGUCUGGGCGUUCGCCUUCAUCAGUUUCUCCCCUCUCGCCGUCUACUUCAACGUCAGGAGUGUCCCCAUGGGAACCACCAAGGUCGACAUAUGCACGCUGGUGUGGCCGCGACAGAACAAGUUCAAAGUGUCUUUCCUCUUCACGUCCGUUGUGUGCAUCUGUGGAUUUAUCUUGCCCUUACUUCUCCUGUCGUGGAGCUAUUUCCAAAUCUUUAGAAAGUUUUGGAACAUAAGGGGCGUUAUUAUACAAAAUCAAAGAAAUCUGUCGAGCAAAUGGAUGAACUCUUUGAACGUAAGACGCCGACGUGACAUCCGGGACUUUAAAGUUGUAAAAACCCUCUUCCUCUUGGUCCUGUUGUUUGGGAUCAUGUGGUCGCCCAUCUUCAUCUCCAUGAUCCUCAUCCUGUAUGAUGGAGCUGCUGACACCAUGAUCAUGUCAUCUCAAGUAUUCAUUGCAACAUACUGUGUCGCUGUGUGCAACGCCUGCAUCAAUCCAUUUGUGUACGGUAUUAUGAUGGAGCGAUUGCGGACGAAACUUACGUCUUGUGUCACAUGUUCAAGGUCAGGAUCGUCUGAUCCGGAACCGGAAGUCAGCCCCGACAAGCAUGACAGUGUGCAGGUUAUCAGUUAUGGGGCAGAGACAUGCGCACAGAACCCGCUCCGUGACCCUUGACUUGAUCUCCCAAGCAACAUGAUCAUCAUAAUCUAUAUAAAUUAUUUCAUUUUUCGACACGACGUGUUCUGAUCGUCAAAAUAAAAAAACAUUUAUUCUGUUCACUUUACAUUUGUUAACCUUAAAAUGUGUUUUUUUUCCACUAGGAUCCGUAUCAUAUCUGGGUCUUCAUUUUGUUUUCAUUGUUUUUAACAUAUUUUAGAAUCAAAAGUUUUUAAUUUCUUCAAUCUCAUUCAGAUCUGUAACUUCGAUACGACACUUCUUGAAGACCUGAGGACUCCUCAAUAAAAUUCUCGAAGGUCGCGACACGGCGAACCCUGAACGCACUUUUACCCCCAAAACAAAAUAAAGGAUGCUAGCUUUCUGAGAUAAUUCGGCUUCAUUUCGGAUUUAUUUAUCUUUGCAAAGGAAAACGCCACAGAACACAAAUAUACACUAUAGUACACCUGUUUUGGUGUAGAUACCGUUGCGCUAAGAAACAACAAUGGUAUAAAAUAUCCACAAUAUAAUAGGGCUUAUUCUUUUGCAUUCGGAUGUCCCCGAUUAUAUUCGUUUUCAAGAUACAGAAAUGAGAUAUGCUUGUCUUUCGCUUACUCGUCCGCCGUGAUAUUGAUGGUAUAAUGCCAAAAGCGGCGUAAAACCAUACUCACUCACUCGUUCCGAGAAUUUAGAAGCUUUAACUCUAAUUGGCUGAAUUAAGAAAUUUCACCUGGCGCGACAUCCUAUGGAAAUGUCUUCAGAUCUUCAUGCAGAAAGGUAUCGUCUAGGAGUACAAAUAUAAAAGAUCUGAUUUCAAUGAGAUUGUUAUUUUUAAGUGAUAAGCAAUAUAGUAACUGUUUUCCAGUCAGGAUAAUCCCGAGGCGUCAGUAAUGAAACCCGUGAAACAGCUGGAAUAAUGCUAAAAAACACUUGAAACUCAUGUCCUUUAAGGGCGGUCGGGUAGCAUAGUGGUUAAAGCGUUCGCUCGUCACGCAGAAGACCCGGGUUCGAUUCCCGACAUGGAUACAAUGUGUGAAGCCCAUUUCUGGUGUCCCCCGCCGUGGUAUUGCUGGAAUAUUGCUAAAAGCGGCGUUAAAUCAUAUUCACUCACUCACUCAUGUCCUUUAAUCGUGAUUAUUGGCCGUUCUGUAUCCGAUGGAUGCAUUCCCCGUGUCACUGUUGUUUUCUUGUGGAUGUAUUAUCAUCCAUGCAUGUACUAAGCUCAUAUCAUCGUAUCAGUUAAAUGUAUUGAUAUAAUAAACAUUAUUCCGUGACACUCGUAAUCUUGUUUUCUGAGUCUGAGGAAAAUAGUGCGCGGUGCGAAUGAAUUCCCCGCUCAUGUAUCAAUAACGUAGAGUGGAUGAAUGGUCACCUUUGUAAAAUCGUUGUUCGAAUCUUGCACUGUCAGAAACGGGUGCGUCUGCUUCAGACCUGUUUUAACCAGUCUGUACUAGUCUGAUCAUCAUCAACCUAUUCUUGUCGGAAGGUUGUUUCUUUGUUUGUUGUUUAACGCCGCU